AAUAUGCAUGAAGCUUUUCAGUUGUCUAAUACCACAAAGUGAAUAAAAUGUUUUAUUAAGAGAAGAAGAAAAAAAAACUUUUACCAACUUUGUUGACAAAGCCAAAAGCAGAGACUGGUGUUUAAUGGAAACUAAUGAAAUAAACAACAACGACAACAACAAAUCUGAUUAUCGAAAAGUCUUACGUCCAGAUUCCAUACAUUUCAAAGAAAACCCCGCUUAUGUAUAUUCAGGAACAAAAGGAAUAAUAAAUUGGAAAUUAUCUUCAAUAACUGAACCAGAAAUUGAUGGACAAAGAUCAUACUUAAAUUUUAAUGAUUUCAAUUACGAAUGCUUUGAAGAGAGCGACAGAAUUAAGGAUGGUAAAACAUCUGACGAGAUGUCAAGAUUUUUAAGUGAGAACCCAUCAACAUCAUCCUCGACGGCGGAAAGACAUAAUAUGAGAAAGGAAACUAUGGGAAAACGUGGUACAUUAGCUGUUGAACCGAACAAUAAUCAACCUUCUAGCCGUAGUAAUCAACAAAUUACAAUUCAACAACGAGGAGAUGGAGGAAAUAUUAUUUAUGGAUGGAGAAAACAAUGUCUUUACGUUAUAAUUUUCCUCUUGAUGAUUUUAAUCUCCGUAAAUUUGGCAUUAACACUUUGGAUACUCAAAGUUAUGGAAAUAUCUUCUAAUGGUAUUGGACAGUUGAAAGUAAUCGAUAGCGGUGUACAAUUAGAAGGUCAAGCGAUUAUAAUGGAUGAGCUUCGAACAUCUCAUGUGCGUUCACGUCAUGGCCAACCAAUAACAUUCGAGUCGUCGCGGAACAUAACAUUCAAUACGAGAGAUGCCGAUGGAAUGCUUGAAAAUCAAAUGUUCCUCGGUCAUGACAAAUUUGAACUUCAGACCAAAAAAUUUCGUGUAUCAGACACUCACGGCAAUACUCUUUUUUUCGUCGACCGCGAUUUAGUUGAAAUAGCUGCAGGUUCAUUACGAAUAGAAGGAGAAGGUGGAGUGACGUUUAAAGACUCAAUUCAAACAUCUCUUUUAAAAGCUGAACCUGGAAAGGAUCUAAAACUUGAAUCACCAACCAGAUCACUUGAGAUGCAAGCAUCACAAGAGAUUUUUAUUCAGUCAAGAGCAGGAAGCAUUGAAGCAUCGAGUUUAAAUGACAUUAAACUAAGAAGCAUUUCAGGAAGUAUACGCCUUGAUGCUGAGAAUUUGAUUUUCUCAAAUUUAAAAACUACUCAACCUCCUAGUUAUAGUGAGAGUCCAAAAAUAGAUCAUUUAGCUAUGCAUAAAAUCUAUCAGAAAGCCCAAUACUACAAAGUUUACAAAAUUAUGAGAUAA